GACAGCCCUGAUACAUGUACUACUUCCGUCAAUAUACUCAUCGAUGACCCCCAGCCCAAGGUACUCCCUAGCUGCUAGCUGCUAUUGAACAGGUCUCCAUCUUGACAGAGUCAGAAGCGCACUCAGUCCCUCCAGCUGCACGCUCUCCCUGCCACCAAGUCCACACACAAAUCUCACCACCAGUAUCCAACGAUGGCAAUGAGGUGGCUAGUUCUGGCUUGCUUAGUGUCGCUGACAAUAGCACAAACCACCAUGGAACCGGCACCAUCCAUGGCACUAACCCCGGCACCAACCCCGACGCCAACCCCGUUACCAACCACGGCACCAACCACCAUGGCAGCAACCACCAUGGAAGCAACCACCAUGGAAGCAACCACCAUGGAAGCAACCACCAUGGAAGCAACCACUGAAAUGUCUACAGAAUCGCCCAUCGUGGUUGCCGAACAGAACUUAACUGUGGGAGUGAGAUAUAACCGGUCCCAGGCCGAAGGUAUCAGAGCCGAGCAUUUCUUUUGCCCUGCCCAAGGUAAACUUGUGGUGGAAGACGUGAUAGGGACUGAUAGCGGGAGGACAGUGAACGUGUGGUCCUUGUUCCUUCAAUACCCCGUCCUAGCGUACCUGGACAGUGUGAAGAAGCAAGCUCUCGUUGGACAGAUUGUUGCACUCAUCAACCUAGGUGGACUGCAGCCACCCAUCACCACCGCUAAUAUCUGCAUAGGCCGUGUCUAUCAUUAUGAUGUCUCGCUCUACACCGAAUCUGUUCUGAUCAACUUCUACUUCAGGGAUAGCACUGAUCCAACUGGUCCAGCUAGACAGAUUCCGAUUCCUUCGAUUAAUGCAGCAUUUACAGCAGGAGUUAGUACUACUCCUAACAACAUUAUCAGACAGUUCCAGGAUCGAAAUGCCAUCAUCAUUAGUAACAACACGUAUGGAAUGAUCGAUCAGAACGUGCAUCCUGGAGCCUUUAGACGUGAUGGAAGUAGAUUUACCGUUGAAGAUGACCCCGUUCUCAAUGCUAUCAUUCUAGGAUACUGGCCUCGACAAUACAGUUUGGAUGACUUCAUUACAGACCGGGCAAUCAACGAGUCUAUCACGAUGAGAUUCGCGGAAAACCCUAAUCCUGUGUUCUAUGGUCUGACAGGUGGCGAUAUUGUGUUCAUCGUCAUAGCAACCCUGCUCUGUUCAUUGUUGGCCUUCCUUAUGGUGUUUGGAUUCUGUAUCCAACCAUUCUUCAUGUAAUGACAAAUUUUCAACUCAAGAAGUUUUAGCUGUAAAACAAGAUGUUAUUUUGUGGUAGAACUUGCCCAGUGACUGUUUUUUGUGUAGAAGGAGCAACUGUGAUAUUUUUUUAAUGUGGAUUUACGAAAGUGUCGUUUCUCAAAAAAUAUAUUAAUUUUGUGCAUUACAUAAUUAUAAUAAUUGCAUUUUAAGUGUAUAGUCUUGUUGUUAUUGCUGUUCGUGACAAAUAAAAAUAAUUAUUAUUGUUGA